GGGUAGGAGAUAUUUCGCGGGUGAGGUUGAUUUCGUCUGGAUUAAUCAUAGUAGUUAUCUGCCUAUGAUGAUGUCAAAAGUCGUAAGUAACCAAAUCAGAAAACGGCAGCAAACUUUCCACUAAUCAAGCUGCAUCUCCCUGAUGACCUAAGUCCUUUGUCACUGGCUGAAACCACGCUGGAAUUACUAAGUUGUGGAACAACUGUUUAACCAGGAAACCAUGAUAGGAUUUGAUACCGAGUAUCAGAGGUUUUAAAGUGCCAAAUCAUGAUUAGGUAGGCAAACCAGCCACAUUUAUGCCUAACUUUAACUCUGGAUCUUCCAUUUGUAUCUUAGCAUGGAUCUCUUGAAACCUGACCCCCGCAAAGACAACAAUCAGUUUGAUAUAAAUUAGCCUUCCAGUCUUUAUUGCAACUGCAUAAAGUAAGGUUAGUGCUCUAGCUUUCAGGCGAUGAAAGGGAGAACCGUGACCUCAUUGAGCAACCUCUAGCCAUGAAUUGUAUAGCAAAAAACAGAGAGUCUCCGCGAAACGGUCCCCGAUUCGGAUAACAAGCACCCACAAAACAAUUUACAGUCUUCCUUUUCCUUAUCCUAGAGACAAAGAAGAUGCUCUUUCUGUGUCUCUUUCUAGUUGGAAUCUUGACAACAUUGCUGUAGCCCAAAAGAACCUUUGUGUUCUGCCCAAGGUAAACCGACUUGACCCCGCGGAAAGAAAAGAAUAAAAAAAAUAAUAAUAAAACAGAAAACCCUUCGUUCUUUUUUCCGCUUCCUGGUCCUUUACAUUAAACAAACGCAUCAAAAGUUAUACCAUCCUUUAGGGGUUCGGAACACUUCUACUGCACUAAACUUGUUUGUUUGCUUGGGUUUUUUUUUCCCUCAAUUUUUCAAGUGGUCAGCUAUGUUACCAUCAAUUGUGAAUAUGCAUCGCCGCCUGCUUGAGACAGAAGUGAGCUUGCCACCAGCAAAUGGAAACAAAACUCAUGAUUCUUACAUUAGCGAGGCAAAUUUUGACACCAACAUGGUGAUUAUAUUGGCAGCCCUUUUAUGUGCUCUGAUCUGUGCGCUGGGAUUGAACUCAAUAGUCCGUUGCGCUCUUCGUUGCAGCCGCAGGUUUGCCCUGGAGACGCCAGAACAAGCAGCGACCCGCCUGGCAACAACAGGCCUCAAAAAACGAGAUUUGAAGCAAAUUCCCGUGGCUGUUUAUGGGACAGGUGUGAAUUUUCCGUCCACUGAGUGCCCAAUUUGCCUUGGAGAUUUUGUGGAUGGAGAAAAAGUUAGAGUGCUCCCAAAAUGUAACCAUGGAUUUCAUGUGAGGUGCAUAGACACAUGGCUGGUGUCACACUCGUCCUGCCCGAAUUGUCGGCAUUCGUUACUUGAACAUGAUACAGCAAGUACCGAGACAACCCCGGAAGUCACUGGCCGGCGAACCCCAGUAAAUGGAUUAGGAGAUCAUCAGCAUGGCAGCGUUGUUUUAGUUGUUGAAGAUGGAAGUUAAUACAGUUGAUCAUCAGUCCGAGAACUGGAGGUCGAUUAGAGCUUUACUGUGCUCGUAGUUGUUAGACUUUCAAUAGAGGAGAGGAGAUCAAUUGAUUGAGAUUUUUGGGAGCCAAUUGCAAAUGCUGGACGUUUCUUGUUAAUUUUUUAUUCUCCUUUUUUAAGUCUCACAAGUUAAAAGAUAUAUUUGCUUACAGAGUUACAGUGAAGAUAGAUUGUUCAUCAUCUAGAUUCCAGAGAAAUAAAGAGUUUUAGUCACAACUUUCUAGUCAACUAAACUGAUCUGGUGCAACUGCACAAGGCAUGUGCACUUGUAGCAUAUAUGUACUGUACAAAUUAUUCAAGGACUGGCUAUUUUACUUGCACUUCUCAA